CACCUGCCUCCCUGCUUCUGGCCAUGGCCUGCCGGCAUCUGGUCCUCCUCCUGACUGGGGGCCUCCUGGCAGUCUCCCAGCUAGCCCUGACCCAGCCGGAAGCACUGCUGGUCUUCCCAGGCCAAGUGGCCCAACUCUCCUGCAUGCUCAGCCCCUAUCAUGCCACCGUUGGGGACUACGGCGUGUCCUGGUAUCAGCAGCGGGCAGGCAGCGCCCCCCGCUUGCUCCUCUACUACCGAUCGGAGGAGGACCACCACCGGCCCCCUGGCACCCCUGACCGCUUCUCGGCAGCCACGGAUGCAGCCCAUAACACCUGCAUCCUGACCAUCAGCCCCGUGCAGCCUGAAGAUGACGCAGAUUAUUACUGCUCCGUGGGCUACACAGCCUAGGCGUGGGGUGUAGGACGAGUGCCUUCUGUCAGCCUCCCACUUCUCUCCUGAUCUUGGGGCCCUGCCUUUCUCUGAGCCUUGAUGUUCCUCCUCUGUAAAAUGGGUUAAUAAUAUUCACCAUGUCAACAAUAACUAUUC